CCGGCCAAUCCGAGAUAUAAAUCGAGGCAACGUGCUCAAGGGCACCGGCCGAACAGCGCGAGACGGAAGAAAGCACCUGGAGGAGCGACCUCGUGUCAAGGGCUGUCACAGAAGAAGAAGAAGUCAGUGUGUCUUGGAGAAGAAAAAAAGAUUGAAGCAGCAAUGGACCAGGCAAGGUCAACAAUAUCCAAAAUUUUCAACGGGGAGCCGCACUCCUACACCCGUUUCAACCUGACCCAGAACAUGGAAGGAGACAACAGCCAGGUGGAGAUGAAGCUGUCGUCCGACAUGGACGAGGAGGCCGGGGGCAACGGCGUGGGAGACCACCUCAAUCACAACUCCAACCGCAAGCCCCACGCGGCCGAAAAGCCCGGCCGCAAACCAAAGAACCUCUGCUUCAUGGUCGCCGCCACCGUCCUUAUCUUUGUCAUCGGGUACUUGAUUGCCUACCUGGCUCAUGGGAAGAAGGACGUGGCUCCCACCUGUGAGGCCUCUGUGGACCCCGUAGCAGAACCCUUGGAGCGAGAGACCGGCGCCGCCCCCCUCAUGAACUGGGAAGAUGUCAAAAAGCUCCUCACUGAGAAACUUUCCGCAGCCAAAAUGGAGCCAGUCUUCAGGGAGUUUUCUGUUGUCAACCACAAAGCUGGUUCUAAAGGGGACGAGUCGCUGGCAAACAAGGUACUCGGAAAGUUCAAAGGUUACGGCAUGAACACCUGGACCGACGAGCACUUCAUCAAGGUUCAGGACGCACCGGCUGCUGGCGCCAACAGAUUUGUUUUCAAGGGGAGUGCGGAGUAUUCAAAGGGAUUCCUGUCCUACAGCGCCAAUGGAACUGCUACGGGUGGCGUCUUGUAUGCAUUCUAUGGGCAGGAAAGUGACUUCCAGUUGCUGCGGGACAGGAACAUCAACAUGACCGACCGGGUUAUGCUGAUCCGCGCGGGACGGAUCAGCUUUGCUGAGAAGGUAGCCAAUGCUGCCAAAAUGGGUGCCUCUGCUGUGUUGAUCUAUCCGGACCCCACUGAUUACCCUAUUGGAGACUCCACGCAGCUCUUUGGGCAUGUCCACAUGGGUUCAGGGGAUCCCUACACCCCAGGCUUUCCCUCCUUCAACCACACCCAGUUCCCGCCUGUCCAGUCUUCAGGCCUGCCAAAGAUCUUGGCUCAGAGCAUCACAUCAGCCAUGGCUUCCAACAUCCGGAGGCAGCUGGGGGGUCACAAUGAACCAGAAACAUGGGGUGGCAGCUACAAACUGGGAGAAGAGAAUGAUGCCAUUACUGUUGAGGUCAACAACGUUCUCGCGGAGAAAAAGAUCCAUAAUGUUUUUGGGGUCAUCAAAGGCUUUGUGGAUGCAGAUCGAUAUGUCGUAAUCGGCGCUCAGAGGGAUGCAUGGGGGGCGGGUUUUGCUACGUCGACCGUCGGCACCAGCCUCCUCGUGGAGUUGGCCCGUUCCAUCUCGGACAUGGUGAAGAAUGAUGGUUUCAAACCAAGGAGAAGCAUCGUGUUCGCUAGUUGGAGUGCUGGGGAAUAUGGGAGUGUUGGCGCCACCGAGUGGUUGGAGGGUUAUCUUUCUUCCCUGAGCAUGAAAGCCUUCUCCUACAUCAACCUGGACCGAGUAAUUAAAGGUUCGACGGGAUUUAAAGUGUCAGCCAGUCCCUUGAUGCACGGCCUGAUCGAGAGCACUAUGAAGGAGGUGAAAUAUCCAGACAGUUCUUCGACACUCUACUCCCAAUUUGCAAAGAUCAACUUUGAGUCGAAUGUAUUGGAGCCUUUUAAGCUGGAUGCUGCUGCUUAUCCUUUCCUCGCUUUCUCUGGCAUCCCCUCGGUCUCAUUUGGAUUCACCUCUGGUAACUUGGAAUACCCGUACUUCGGCACAGAGCUGGACACCAGGGAGAAACUGAACGUGGCUGCGGGCAAUCAGGUUCCUCAGCUGGCAGAAACGGCGGCUCGGUUCGCAGGUCACAUGGUGCUGAGGCUGGUCCAUGAUCACCUGCUGCGUAUGGACGUGAUGAAGUACAACAAUAUUAUCCGCAACCAUGUUGUCCAGAUCAACACCAAAGUCUAUUCUGUUAAGAGGAUGCAGCCCCAGCUGUUGCCCAAGGCCUUGACUGUGCAGUGGUUAAUCUCGGCCUCCGGCUCCUACGGACGCGUGGCUCAGCGGCUGGUGACGGACAUGCAGAACAGUGACCUGGAGGACAUUGAGAUGUGUCGCAUCAUUAAUGACCGCAUAAUGGCGGUGGAAAGGAACCUCCUGUCGCCCUACGUGUCUCCCAGAGACAGCCCGUUCCGCCACAUCAUGCUGGGCUCCGGCCCUCACACCCUCAAGGCUCUUUCCAACCACCUCGAUGGCCUCAAGAACGACCACCCCGAGUCGGACGCCGACCUCUUCCGCAACCAGCUGGCCAUGGCGACCUGGACGGUUCAGGGCUGUGCCAACUCGCUAGCCGGGGAUAUCUGGGCCUUGGAUAAUGAAAUCUAAAGUAAUUUCUCUCCCUUGUUCACGUGCUCUGUCAUCACAACUAGCACUCACGGAUGCACAGCUUAUUAAAAUAUUUAAGCAGAAGGAGAAAAUUAUACAAUUGAGGAGUCUACUGAAUUGAAUUUUAAUUUCAUUGUCAUCACAGCAAACACUUGAUGUGAUGAGUUAAUCUUUAUUUUUUGAAACUCUCCAAAAAGCCAAACAUUAAUUCUGAAAGUCUUCUUCCGCCUUAACUUGAAAGAGUUGUAAGGGUAAUUUACUUUUUUCCUUCUACUUGCAGAAAGAGAAAUUCCUCAAUAACAUCUCCUUUAAAAACAACAUUCUCUUUGGUGCUUGUAACGACUACGUUCAAAUGACCUGCAGCAGUACUUCUUGUGUUGGUCUUACCUCAUGAAAGAGAUACAUGUAGUGAACUUGAGGUCAAAACUACAGAGAAAUCAAAUGGUCAGUAGAGAUAAGCUAAAAGUCUUUACCUUAAUCACUGCAAAUAAAAACAUCUGGUGCUGAUGGAGCUCUGUUCAAACCCCAGCUGGUUAAUAUUGGUAGCUACAAUUUCCUUCAGCGCUGAAAUCUAGCUCCUCAACGUUUGGUCAGAGAUUCAGGAGUUGCUGAAAAAGGCUGAAGAUGUUAAGUUCUGUUGGAUAGAACACAUCUUGAAAAAUAUUUUGGACAAUGAGACGUUGUAACUUGGCCUCAUCCAUGCUUCAUUGAUCUUUUAGAAAAGUUCUGAAUAAUUACUAAUCUGAAUUUCUCAUCGCCUGAAUCCGGGCAAACCUGUCAGCCUUUCAAACAAACCACAGAAAACAUUACAGGGAGGAGUCUCCAACCACGUGGCACUGAAACAAACCGUACGUCUAUUUAUUGUGUUAUUUAUUUAUCAGUGGCAGAGUUCACUAUAAAUAUUUUUUUAUUGCCUUUUAUAAAAAAAUGUAAUUAUCGGGGGCAGUGUCUUCCAUAAUUAUGACAGUUAUACUGUCGAAAUGACAAAAGCAGCAUCUGCUUAAAGGGAAGUGUACAUGUUGACCGACGGCCGGCAGGACUCAACGCUGAACAGUCAGUCACCUCUCUGAAAGCAGCACAAGGGCUCAAGGUUGUUUUUUGUUAAACUGACACUGGAUCGGUCUUUCGGGGAAAAUGCCGUCUCUCAUAUCCCGCCUCUGGCUGCCGGUGCCGCUCCCUCGGUACAUGUACACCUCUCGUCCCGAAUACGUUAUCGGCAGCAGUGCCUUCCAUAAUGUGAAAUGAAGAAGGUAGUUUUUGCCUACCAGUGUAUGUCCGUAUCGGAGGCAGUGCCCUCCAUAUUUCACUGUAGGAUGGAUGUUUUUUAUUAUCGGGAACAGUGAUUUCCAUAAUGUCUGUACAUAAACAUUAGGGUGCUGCACGUGUGGUCUGCAGCUUUAGAUCCCUUUAAUGAUCUUUCCACGCUUAUGUAGCUCUUUAUGGAGAAGUUUUACAUCAUCGCUUUAUGAAAUGAUUGCAUCAUCUCAUUAGUGAGGUACAGAAGCGGUCUAAGUUAUGGGUUCCUUCAGUCAGACGUUCUCAUAUUAAUCAAGGUGUCAAUUUGCAUCAUCUCAUUAGUGAGGUACAGAAGCGGUCUAAGUUAUGGGUUCCUUCAGUCAGACGUUCUCAUAUUAAUCAAGGUGUCAAUUUUCUUUUUCUCUGGACUCCAUGAAAUGUCUGAAGUGUUAACAUGUUUUGGGACAGCGGUGUGGUCCACUGAGUCCAGAAUAGAUCCUCACUUCGCUAAAUGAGUUUUGAUGAGUCAGUCGGUGUGAAAGUGAGUCCUACCUUCUCUUUUGAUGAGUUUGUUCAUUAAGAGAUUUCCUUGUGCCUUGUUUCCUAAAUGUUUCUACAUACAAUACCCAGUUUUUGGAACAUUGUAUUUGACUUUUUCUUUGCUCAAUUGUCUUUUUUUUUUCCUUUUGCGUGAAUCAAGUUACUGGUUUAAAGGCAUGUUAUGGUAUCACAUAUUCACAGGGAUAAGAAAAGUAACUAAUUUUAUGUCGCCAGGAUUUCAAAAUAUCACCCUGAAUGUUACAGUAGUGAACAACGUUCUUUAGCAAAUCUAAGCCAUAAAAUAGUUGCUUUUGGAAAACACUGCUUCAACAGAAUUUGCAAUCGGUAGUCAUUUAAAAUGCUCUAUAGACCUUUUUUUUUUUUUUUUUAAUAGUUUGAGGGAACUGAUCAGCUGGGUUAUAAGGAGUCAUGUACAUGGAUGUUACAUUUCUGAUGUGUUUCUUUAUUUCUUAAACUAUUCAAAUGUGCUUCCCUUUACGCUUUCCUGGCUGCAAUAAACAAUCACCUCACAGCCGUUGAGUCAUGGGGUGAUCAUUAGUCCAAGUUCUAAAUCAAGUUUCAGUCACAGGGUCUUAGGUUUGUCAUCCUGAAAUCUAUAAAUUAAAUGUAUCCACACCUUCUGAAGAAUAUUA